AUGUCAGAUACAUUAGAAAUUCCACCAAAAAUCAAAUUAAUUCUUCGACAUGAUUGGGCAAAACUUAAUUCUAAUUUACCAAAAUUAAUAGAAACUUUAACCAAAGAACUUGGUUCAACAGAAUGUUGGCAUAAAAAAUCCACAUUUUUUGAACAUUUAUUUCAUGUUUAUCAAAUUUUAACAAUUUGGAAUCAACCACAAUAUUUAAUUGAUUGUGGAUUAUUUCAUUCAGCUUAUUCAAAUUCUUAUGUUAAUUUAGCUAUUUUUAAAUUAAAUAAUGAUAUUAAUGAACGUAAAAAACUUGAAUCUUUAAUUGGUGAAAAAGCUGAAAAUUUUGCUCAUUUAUUUUGUAUUAUUCCAAGACAUGAUUUAAUUUUUAACCAAAUUUUUGGUAAAUUAAAUUUUAAUGAUUUAGAAGAAGAUAAUGAUGAAAAGUUAAGAAUUAUUAUACCUGAUGAAGGAAUUAAAGUUCAAAAUAUUAAUACUAAUGAACCAAUAAUUUUAGAUAAAUUUACUUUAGCACUUUUUUUAAUUUUUACAAUGGCCGAUUUUUCUGAUCAAGUAUUUGGUUGGCAAGAUGAAUUAUUUGAAAAUUAUGAUGGUCAAUUAUUAUUUUAUCAAAAAUCAAAUGAUGAAUUUAAUUUUUCUUUAUGGCCUGGUGAUUGUAAACCUGGUCUUUGGUUAACUUGCUUAUCUAGGAUUGGAAAAAUUAUAAGAUGGUGCCUCAAAGAUUCCGAUCCUGAAUUAAUUCCUCCGGUGUUUAAUAACUGCACGGUUACGCUCGAACCUUUGAAUUUGAUCAAAUCAAGAGAUUUAUACUGGGAAGUUGUUACGAUUAAUAAUAACUUACGUAACGUCGAAGCUAUACCAGAAAUUGAAAAGAAAUUGAAAGAAUGUAUUGAGAUUAAUCCUUUCGUCGCAGAACCGCACGUAUUAUUAGCACAAAUUUAUAUGAGAUUGGAGAAAUACGAAGAAGCAGAGCAGGAAGGACUAAGAGCAUUGAAAAUAUUUUUUGAUUGGGGGACUUGUUGGGAUAAGAGAAUGAAUUGGGAUGUUUGGAUAGCUUAUGUUAGAGUUGUUAUCGACUGUGCCAGAAAAAAGGAAUGGUUUAAAAACGGAUUUGAUACACUAAAGGUGGGCUUGGUGCCUGGUAUCUAA